GAUUUGACCACCUCAGAGCUGUCUGCGUGCAACAGAUUGCCGCGCAAAUUCAGGCACUGCAUCUCACAAGGCAGAACUGGUGCUACGUAAGGCCAAUCACGCUAUCGACGCGGCACAAGAGACGUACAGUCAGCAACCAUGGCCACACCGCAGGAGAAUGACGCCUUCCGCGCGUCCUUCGAGCGCACCUACAAGUACGCCAUGGAAAGCCCGCCGCUCUCGUCGGUUGUCGUCUUCGCCUACCGGCUGAACGCGCUCGCUUUGGUGGGAUUUAUCUGGUACGCGUGCGGAGUCGUCGUCGGCGUCUCCACAGGUCCGCCCGCGUCGUGGACGCGCUGGCUGAGCAUCGCGGCCGUCGGCGGCGCCGUCGCGGUCAUCGCGCUGACGUACGCGGUCAGUUCGUACUAUGGUCAUUUACCCGGUUUUACAGAAGACGACUACCGCCUUUCAGCUGCGUGGGACCGGCCGCCGGCGACGGAGCUCGCCACGAUCGGGCUCGCGCUGAGUCUCGACCUGCUGCCGUUGCUGGAGCUCGCGCGGCCCGCACCGGCGCGACUCGCCCGGGUCAUCAUUGCGUGCUUCACGGUGCACGGCAUCGUGACUGUCGCCGCGACGCCAAUGUCUAAAAUGCGCGGCGAGCACGCGCUCUCCACUCUCGCGUUUUUGCUGAUGCUCGCUGCUUACCAGGCGCUGGUCGUCGCGACGGUGCCAAAGGCCAUCGCGUCGAAGGCGUUGAGGGACGCGUUCUGUACCUUGACGUACGCCAGCUUCGGGGCGAUCUUUCUCGUUUUCUACGCGUUUUCGUUCUGGGUGCGGUUUGGCGAGUUGUAUUGGCUGUCGGUGGCCGAGUUGGUGGCGCUCGUCGUGGUCUUCGCGGGAAUCGUCGUCGGCGGCAUGGGGGCGUGAUGGUUCUGUC